AUGGCCAAAGAGAUCGAGGAGUUGAAGAAGGACUGUGAGAGUUACACAGAGAAACUGGAGAGGAUGAAGUCGGCCACGAACCACGUCACUCCGGAGGAAAAGGAGAAGGUGAAGAAUUCCCGGGGGCACGGGCUGAUCCGUGCCUCCCUUCCAGAGCUGAAGGACCUGAGCAGCUCCAUGACAACCUCUGAGAUGGCCAAAGAGAUCGAGGAGUUGAAGAAGGACUGUGAGAGUUACACAGAGAAACUGGAGAGGAUGAAGUCGGCCACGAACCACGUCACUCCGGAGGAAAAGGAGAAGGUGUGCAGUGAGCAGAAGCUGUACUGCAGAGAGUGGACACCCCUGUCCCUGCAGGCGACCGAGCUGCUGGACGCCAUCCUGGAGGGGUACCCCAAAAGCAAGAAGCAAUUCUUUGAGGAGGUGGGGAUAGAGACGGAUGAAGAGCACAACGUUGUGCUGCCGGCGGCUCUGUGA